GUGUCGUUUUCAUCACUAUUCAUCCUUGUGCCUUACAGUUCGAUAUCGUUUUUGAACUAGCUGCGUAAACGCACACAGCCUUCAAGUGAAAAUCUAUUCGUUUCAUUUUGUUGUUUUUUUCUGUUUGGUUUGCCAACACGAACACGACCGAUCAUCAUUCAUUCAAAAUGGCCUCCACUGUUUUGAGCAACGUCGAAGAAGAGCAGCCCAUCUCACGGACUUACCAAUACCGCAAGGUUAUGAAACCAAUGCUGGAACGCAAACGUCGUGCACGAAUCAACCGGUGUCUCGACGAAUUGAAAGAACUAAUGAGCUCCGCUUUGGCGUCGGAAGGCGAAAACUUGACGAAAUUGGAGAAAGCCGAUGUGCUGGAAUUGACGGUCCGCCAUUUGCAUAAAUUGAGGGAACGUCAAGCCCUCGGAUUGAGCCCUUCUCCAUCAUCGCCCGCAUCUACACAAGACAAAUUCCGCGCUGGAUUCACUCACUGCGCCGCUGAAGUGUCUCGCUAUCUCGCCACCUCCACCGGCCUGGACGUCACAGUCGGCCAGCGACUCCUCUCCCACCUGGGCCGUUGCGUCCAUCAAUUGGAAGCGUUUCCGGCUUCCGGAGCCACCAUCCCUUCGGCCAGUUACACGCCGCCCAGCUCGCCCACCCAACAGCAGCAAUCUGAAUUGCGCAGCAUCCACCGUUCGUCCGUCUUGCCUCCCCUUCCAGUCAGUCCGGCUCUUUCUGACGUCAUGGACACGACGGGCCCUUGCGAUUAUUCCAAAUACUCGAUCCGCUCCGAUUUGUAUUCACCAUCGGUGGCCACGGCGUCUGAGAAAGUUUGGCGGCCUUGGUAGACGACCAACUCUUUGCCGAUGGUUUGCCAAAUGGAACCAACACCCCAUUGUUGUGAUACAUUUUCUUGUUUGUUCUCCCCUUUUGUUUUGAUAGAAAAAAAAAGAAAGCCCGUACAUGGAUGCAUGUGGCCACCGAUUUCUUGUGAUAAAUAUGUACAAAAAAAAAAAAAUUCAAUAAAAUUCAAAAGUAUUUCUUGUUUUUUUUUUUGGUUCGAAAAUGGAUUGACAUUUUGCCCACCCUGUUUGUUGUUUCCAAUACAUCAGAACAUGUUUUUCAUUUUAAUAAAAUAAAAACAAAUGACGCGAA